AUGUCUUUCCGAGGUGGAUCAAGAGGCGGUCGCGGUACCGGUGCCAAUGCUGGUUUCAGCGGUGGUAGAGGAGGAUUCGGUGGUCGUGGUGGAGGCCGCGGCGGUUUCCAGCAAAGAGACAACGGCCCUCCAGCAGAUGUCUUUGCUAUGGGAUCUUUCCUCCAUGCCAGUGAAGGAGAAAUUGUCUGUGAAUCUAUCAAUACUAAAAUUCCUUAUUUCAAUGCGCCAAUCUAUCUAGAGAACAAGACUUCAAUCGGUAAAGUUGACGAAAUUCUCGGUCCCAUCAACCAAGUUUAUUUCACCAUCAAGCCCACCGAAGGUAUCCAAGCUACUUCAUUCAAGACUGGCGACAAAUUCUACAUCGGAGGCGACAAACUUCUUCCAUUAGAGAAAUUCCUUCCAAAGCCAAAGCCACCUCCAGGAGCACCAAAACCAAAGAGAGCCGGUGGUGCCAGAGGAGGUAGAGGAGGACCAAUGAGGGGUGGACGAGGUGGCGGAAGAGGCGCGCCACGCGGAGGAAGAGGUGGUAGUGGAGGUUUCUCCAGAGGUGGAGGCGGCGGUGGCUUCUCUAGAGGUGGUGGUGGUUUCACUCCUCGAGGUGGCGCGAGAGGUGGUUCGAGAGGAGGAUUUUCCCGAGGUGGCCGUUAA